AAAAGAGAAAGAUCGAUAGGAAAAAUUUAUAAAUUCUAACAAGAAAAUUGUUAAAACUAAUCUAAAAGUCGAAAAAAUGAAAUGAAAACAAUUAAAACGUGAUUUUAACACUUGUAAAUAUCUCGAUUGUUUGUAAAUAGCUUUUUGUAACAUUUUUAUUAUUACAAAAAAAAAAAAAACAAUAAACGAAAAUGACAGAGGAAGGAUUAGAUUUAACAACAUCUAUGGAUUUUUAUCUAAACAGCUCAACUUUGAGCAAUGGAUUGGGAGAUGUUCUCCUGUCGACGACCGAAAAACCCUUUGCGGAAAGUAUUAAUGAAACUUUUCAAAAAGUUAUUGGUACAAAAGAGAUGCCGCAAUUAUGUCUUGCUCUGUUAUUUUGUUACUUCUGGAUAAUAUACAUAACUUUUUAUAACUCUAGGUUAUUAGGAUAUUUACUGACAAAAGCAGUCAAUAAAUUCUACUUCAGAUAUGCAUACUUUAAAAUAGGAUCAAUUUCAAUAAAUCCUUUAGCCGGAAAGGUCAUGUUUCGUGACCUGGUUUACAUAAAUUAUGACUACUCGAUACGAGUGCAAGAUGGUUUUUUUAUAUUUCGGUGGUGGAGACAUUAUGUUCCGAAAGAUGUUAGUGAUGCUCGAACUGACCUUUCUCAUUCUGAAACAAGAUUGUCAAUUAUGCUUAAUGGAUUCGAAUUACAUAUAUAUAAUCGCUCUGAUUUAUAUACGGAGGUUGAAAAAGCUUUUGGUUUAAAACCAUCAAUUUUAAUUCCAAAUGAAAAUUUAUCGGCUGAGGAGAUUGCAAAGAUCAAAGAACAGGCUUUAAAUUUAGAAAAUCAAAAGAUUAGUAAGUCAACCAAAAAGAAAGCAAGACCAGAAGCAAUGAAUGCUAGAACGUGGAGAGAUCUAAUCCCAGUGAUAAAGGUUGAUAUUUCAUCAGGACGUUUUUCAUUUGGAAAUCGAUUGAUUCCUACAACAUUAUGCAUAUGUUUGGAAGAAGCACAUUGUGUUUAUAGUACAAAACCUGCAGUGAAUCCGUUAGAUAAUUUUACUCAUUUUGUGAAAGCAAAAGUUGAGAAUGCAAAAGUUCUUUUAGCACCGAGUCCAAGAUAUGUCGGUAUAACUGACGAACCUCCAAGAUUUAUGGGUGAAGGCUUUGUAGUAAUGAUGAGUAAUUUUAUGGAAUUAUAUUUUUAUAUGGAUGAAGCUGGUCUUGUUCCUGACGAGCCAGUCUUGAGAAGAUUAGCUAAUGGAGAUAUGGUUGAAGCGACAACACCUCCAAUGUGGGGAAUCGAUAUUAAAUGUGGCAAAGGAAAUAGUAAUAUUAGCUAUGGUCCAUGGGCAGAUCGUCAAAGAGAUCAUUUAUACAAAUUUUUUUUCCCUCAAACCUUUCAAGAUAUGGAGGCUACUCCUGUACAAAAGCCUGGAGAAAGGCGAAUUGUUCAUACUUUCGAUGUCAAGUGGAGUACUAUGACAAAUGCAACUAUUGAUAUUUUAUUUUCCAAAGAAAAAGAAACUAAUGCCGUUCAUAUUAAUAUUGGUGCUGGUAGUUAUCUUGAAGCAGUAUUACCAUGGAUUACAUUAAAAGAUGGAUAUUCAACUAAAAUAACUGGUCAAUUUUUGCAUGUAGAUGCAACUACUUCAUUACAAUAUAGAAGCUUAGCAGAAUUCGAAUCUUUACAUUUUAAUAUAAAGUUAAGUUAUCCAUUGCGUUGGAACUCACAUCAAGAUUGGUCCAUUAACCUUGUAGGAGAUAAGGCGACUGCGUUUAUUGUAUUUGAUCAUAAAGUGUUUUUUCAGUAUCUUAUUGAAGAUUGGGUUAGUAAAUCGCCGCCUGACAUAUUCACAUUCAUUCCGUACACCUGCAAAUUUUCAAUUUUAAUGAAGGAAUUUGAAAUAAUUACGAUUAGUAAUGAAUAUAAUUGGAUAGAUUGUUCAAGUACUAAUCAAGAAAACAAUCAUUUAGCAUUUUGUGGCGAUUUAUUCGAUUUAAGUUUUGCUCUUCCCUUUGAUGAUUAUUUGCCAAAAACCGUUACGCUUAAGUUUUGGAUUCAUGGAGAAUGUUUAGAUCUGGGUCUUUAUUUGCCUGAAAUUUCAACUAGCAGGCCAAUCGUUUUGGCUAUGGAUGAGAAUGCAUCAAUUUUGUGUCGUGAUGGACAAGUGAAGAAGAAAAGUGAAUUAUAUGCAAACAAGUGGAGACGAGUUUGUCUUCGAAAAAAUGGUUGGAUUGAUUGCUGGAGUGUUCCAAUUUUAGCGUUGUCUAUUCAAUACGUUUAUCAUCCGAUGCCUGCAAUGGGUCCUGAUCCACAAGCUGAUCAAAAUCUUACAACACCUGAAAAGGAAGAAAUACUAUUAUCUCCAAUGCGAAUUCCUAAAUGUAAAAAAUCUUCAAAUUAUACAUGGUCAAGUUCACAGCAACAAUUUGAUCCUACCUCUUUAGAACCAGAUGAAGUAACAGUUGAAAUAGAAAUAGGAUCUUCGGUAUUAUACGCUUAUGGAUCAAUACUCAAACAGUUCUAUUAUUUGAAAGAAAAUAUUUUUGGUGAAGAUCAACAUUUUACUGAUAUGGAAGAGUCGAAUGUUAAGAACAGUUCUCGAAAAAAUUUAAAUCUUCAUAGCUCAGCUACUAAAAAUCAACAGCCACAACAGCAGAAGGAGAAAGACGAUUUAAACAAGUCAAUUUCAGAGGCCCCUUCAUCUAUCGAUAUUGAAGAAAAGCCAAAAAGAUUUGACCCUCGUGUUUAUCGAACAUUAAAUGUAAAUGUUUUACUAACUAUUCAUGAUAUUCAAGCUCAUUUAAUGAAAAAUUGUAAUAGUGACGAUCCGCCAUGUCCUAUAGUUUUAAUAGAACGAUUAGGAUUUGAAAUGGAAAAGAAACAUCACGAAACUCUCCUUCAAGUGCUUGUUUCGCCUGCAUUCCUAAUUACACCUGAUACAUAUUCACGCCCGUCAAAAGAAAAGCAUUUAAAACAAGGUCAUCUAUUAUUGUCAGCUUUGCAAAUUCGCGGACAUGCUAUGUUCAGUAAUGAAGGUCGAUCUUUAGACGAUGAAACCUUAGAAUAUGCAUGGCUUCUUGAAAUACAACUAGGAAAAUUGUCCGGAAAAUUGUCAUUGCCUCAACUGACACAUGUUUUACUUGGACUAGAGACAAUGGCAUAUCUUGCACUAGAUCCAGAAAAUGAUUUAAAAAGUCCAAAAUCAUUAAUUUAUUGUCAUCAUGGAACAGCUGUUAAUAUAUGUCCUCAUACAAAGGAAGAAAUUAAAUAUCGAUGUCCAUCAAGCGAAGACAUAAAAUAUAGAAUGCUUCGAGUAGCAAUCGAUGCAAUAGAUAUUUAUAUAGUUGAAAAUGGAUGUGCUUUGCACUCAUGGAUGUCUCCAGUUCGAUUUGCAAUGUGCAAUUUACAUGGGCUUCAAGUCAAAAAUGGAAUAACCGUACUUGUUCCAAAUGUAUUGUUACGUCACUUUGUAUCAACAGGUGGUCAUUAUACACAAUUUAACGGAAAUUCACAUAGUAAUACAAAUACAACUGGUAGUGGUAGAUCAGCAAAAUUAUAUAGUCAAGCAUCAAAGUCAGAUGAAAAGAAAGAAGAUUUAAAUUUAUUGGUGAAACGUGGAGAUGAAGCAUCAAUCAUUGCCAAAAAAGAGAAUGAAUAUGGCCUUUAUAGACGAGGAUCUAAGGAUAAGGAUCAAGAUACAAUUUAUGGUUCACUUCGUCGAUCUCGUGAUGAAACCCAUUUCAAACGUGAUGAUAUUUACGCUUCUAUUCAUUCUCGUGAUAAAACUCGUGAUAGCGAUAGUUUUCAUGAGCCUUGGCUCGAAGUCGGUUGUGUUUCUUUUGGACCCUUAAUUUUAGAAACAGCUACGGCUUUACCUAUACCAGAACAUUGCUUACAUCUUGUACAAAAUGACUAUUUAAAACUUCACGAUGAGAGAUCAAAAAGACUUAAUUUCCUUUGGUCUUCAACAACACUAGAUACAGUAAAAUGUGGUUGUUUAGGAGGUUGUUUAUUUUUUGGCUCAAAUAGAAAUGGACCCAAAUUCUUCAAACCAUCAGCGCAAGAUUUACAAGAUGGAAUCAAUAUAGCAAGAUAUCACAUUAUAUCAACUAAGGAAUAUGGGUUUGGGCAAAGCUUAUUUCAUGAUGGUCUCCUUGUUUUUCAUACACCUCCAUAUAGCUUACAAUCAAUCUCAUUACAAGAAUGUUUUGAAUAUAUUAAUAAGAACACUAGUAGAACAUCUAAAAGUACUCUAGAUACUAAGUCACCUCUUCCUCAAAAACAUGAAAAUAAUAUCCAUAAUCAACAUAAAACUGAAGUUUCUCCAAAUAGUACAUUUAUUCGAGAUAAAUCAGGAAGAUCAACAUUAGAGCGAGCAAAGGAAAAAGAUAGCAAUUCGCCUAUAACAGCCGAAAGACGUGGCAGAAGGUUUUCGUAUACAAAUGCUAGACAUGAUGUCCCAUAUCGUUUAUUGGAUUCGAGUCCAAAGCCUCAGAUUAAACUUGCUGAUUUACGUCAGCAUCAUUCACAGCGAGAUGAUGAUGUAGAUAUGCUUUCCAAGUCAGCACCACAAACUUUUAACUCAAUUCCAUCAGAUUCAGAGCAUUCACUUAGUCCAAAAUUAUCUGAUGAAGUAACAUUGAGAGAUGUACAGAGAACAAUAUCUCUAACAUCGGAAAAUCAAUCAGAAGCUUUCUUCAGUGCAGACGAGGAUGUUCACGCCUCUAGAAGCUCAAGCUUAAAAACAACUGAUGGAACUUUACCUUUAGUAAUUCCUAAGAAAAGAUUUGCAUCAGAUUUGAGUAUAACAGGUUUACCGGAUAAUGGAAAAUUAUCGAGUCAUAGAAGUGAUUAUGAGAUUCACACGCCAGAACAUAGGAGUCUGCCAACGAGACCACAAAGUACUGCAGAAUUGACUGAAGACGAGAGAAGGUUGCAUAAUUUAGCGACGCCUUUAAGAAAAUUUAAUAACAUUUCACCACGCCCAGUGUAUUUUAAACCUGUAUACGACAUCAAUCCUGAUUCAUCUGAGUCACAAUCUUUAUCUUCAAACUCAUUCAUAUCAGCAUUAUCAUCACAAGAAGACAUGACACUUGUCAAUUUACAUAUGCAAGCAAAUAGACCAAUUGUUGAUUCCCCUCUUUUAAUGGCAUCAUAUCUUACACAUCUUGCUCAGGUUCGCUGCUCAAAUUGGUCUAACUGUUCACUGCCACUUGGAUCGGAUGCAUUUUCAAUGCCAUUAUUUCAAAAGAAUGAUGAUGGCGGAUUAGUUUACAUUGGUAGCAAACUUGUUCCUCAUUUUGAUAAUUAUUCACACUGGCGAGAAAUAAAAAUCAUAUCACGUUUUGAUGCGAGUGCCUCUACAAAUAAUUCUACUAUUCCUCUAUCAUGUGCAGCCCCUCCUAGAUCACAUCCAUGGGAUCCAAUGGUUCUUAUUAGAAAUCAUGAUCAAGAAAAAGAGAAAAGUGAAGGUAAUAAUAAAUCCGACGAAGAAUUUCUCGGGACAUUCCAUGGUGACACACCAGCAUCUCGUACUUCUAUAGUUUUGCGCUUUAAAGGACAUAUUGAUAUUAUGCUUACACCUUUACUUCUUGAAUCAAGUCAGCGUAUGGUUGAAUCAUUGAUGCCAACACUAUCAUCAUUACAUCCAUUAACUGUGAUUAAUACUCUACAUAACUCAUGUGUUAGUAAAGUUGAAGCGAUGAAUAUAUUAAAAAGAGAUCAAUCCAGAAGUUAUUGGUCACAAGUUCAUUCCAAUUCUAAACGUUCUACGACUGAAAGAAAUUUACAAGCAGGCAUGCCAAUUAUGACUGAUAUGUACGAAGAAAGUAUUUCAACUCAACUACAAGGUUUGGUCGUAUUACCGAAAGUAAACAUUUCACUGAUACAAGCUGCAGUUGUUGAAGAAGUCAUAUCGUUUGCAGCACUAGACAAUAUUCAAGAGUUAAGUUGUUCUAGCUUACUCGCCGUAUGUUUUGACAAUAUAUCAAUGAAAUUUCAUAUUGGUAAACAAACAAAAGCAUGCAUGCAAACUGUUUAUACUCAACCAACUGUAAGAUCGGGUAUGGGAUUGAAGAAAGGUGGCCUUAUAAGCAAUACAAAAGCAUUUAUUGCACAUUUAUCGAACGCAAAUCGUCCAGAAACCGGACCUUUGGAAGCAAUUCUUAUUGAAACGUCAGAAAAUCAGUUGGAAGAACUAGUGUUAACACUUGAUAUUGGAAAAGCACAUGCUCAAUUAAGAAGACUGAAAAACGAAGGAUUCUCACAAGAAUCGCAGACAAUAAUUACUGCAAUUCCUUCCCAUCGAAGUCGUGCAAUGUUUGAUUGUACGAAAUUUCCUGAAGAAAAUAGUGAUUUAAAUGGUUUAGGUUUUAUAAUGUGUGAAUGUGGUCUAGAAGGCAUUAGUGUAAGAAUUGUUAAACGAUCACAGUUUGAGAAGUUUGAAAAUAGUGACGAUAGCUUUAAAACGGUAACAGAACAAGCAAAACAUGUUACAGAUCCAACAAAUGCAGGAAUGAAUAUAGUUCAAUUGUUUAAUGAAGGGGGUUCAAUGAAAGCCGCUGAAGCUAUAGCGACAACUGUUAAACAGAUGACAAUGAAGAAACCUUCAACUCCAAAACCUUUCGUAGGUCCCCGUGAAAGUAAAAUCAAGCAACCCGAGCAAAGAGAUUCUUUUAGAAAUUUAAAUGAGAAGGAAACUGUCAUAACAUUGGAUGAUGAACCUGAAAUUAAUGAAACUCCACAAACAAAAUUAAAUUCCACGCCUAUAAAUGCACCAAAAGAACCAUCUCCUGAUAAUGGAAAAAUUUCAUCAUGUGUAAUUGAUUUAAAAACUACUUGGUUCAAUUUUGCUGCACCUCCUCGUGCUCCUAUAACAAAGAAAAUUGAUUAUUCACGACUUGAUUGGAAUCUUUUAUCAACAGCCGCUCCAUCGAUUACAGCAUGGAUGAAUCCUGCUAACAAAUUGGCGAUCAAAGUUGUAUCUUUAGUUCGAAUGUACUAUCAAAGAGAAACAGCAGUUAUUACAUCUCUUAUGUGCGAGUCAUUGGAAGAUCAAUCUAACUACCGAUUACCAAAAUCACGUUAUCCAAUGAAGUUUACUCCAAUGGCAAAGACGUUACAGGAUGAUUGCAGCUGCAAACUUUUUACUAUUAUGCAAAAUUUUGUUGCAAUGAGAACAGUGAAAAAAAUUGAGGAAAAUCUGAAGCACCAAUUUGUGCCACCUUUGUCAACACUGAGACAGGGUGUCAUUGUGCUUAGUCGACAGUGGAAGUCGAUUCUUUAUAAUCCAAUGUUGUUUGAACAUCAAUACAAAAGGAAACUUAAUAGACCUAGUGUCAGUGUGAGAUAUUCAGGACAAGCUGCUGAAGAAGAUGAAGAAAAUGAAGAAGAUAUUGCUGAAAUACUGAAUCCGACUAUUGACAAUUUACUUAAUCCGGAUGAUGAAAACGAAAGUACUUUGUUGCUAAAGCAGCGUCCCUUAAGUCAACAUGUAAUAAAUAUUGCGGAUGAGCUGUCUAAUAUGCCGAAAUUUUCUGAAUCUGUGAAUUCAUCACCGAGUACGAUUUCCUCGAAAAAAAAAAAGAAUCAAUCAUUUAAGCAUACUGUUCCUCCUCCAUCGUCUCGUUCAAGUAUGCAAAUGUUUCCGAUGAUAUCAGGCUUAGUAGAAAAGCAGGAUGGCAAAAUAGAAUAUGGAACAUUGAAGAGUGGAUCUAUUCUUUCGCUUUGCAGUUCAAAUGGUUCAAAUGAUCAUCGAAUUCCUCCUCCACGACCGCCACCACCAAAGCGAUAUCAUCCUCAAAAUGAAUCUAAUGUUAAGGAUGAUCUGUAUUCAUGGAUGGCUAAGCAGCAGACAUCAUCAACAAAAUUGGACGAUAUGAAAAAUGAAAAUUUCAGACCAAUGUCACCAUCAAGACCUAACAUUUCAACAUUCAGUGAAUAUCCUGUGCAAGAUUCAGGUAGACUUCUUGAUGCACACUUAAUAUUUGAACCACUGUUAACAUGUUUAGGUGUGAUGCCUACCAAACGUUAUGAUAACCAAACGGAAUCAUCUUUGGAAAAUUUGGGAACAAACUUAUCACUUAUGUGCUUAUUUGAAACGUUCCGAAUCGAUAUUGUUGUAAGCGAAGCAAGUGAUAAACGCCCAAAGGCAAAAAUCACUAAGAAAUCGAAUGGUAAAUUUUCAUUAAAUUGUGGAAAUGAAACACCAGCAUUUUUAUCAGAGCGAAUUGAUAUUGAACUUGAAAUUGUUAAAAUGACAGAAGGUCUGACAGAUCAGAAGCAACUGUAUAUAUCUCGAGGUCAAUUAAAGAAACAUAUGAGUACAGUUAUCAAUUUCAGCUUAAAUAUACGCUACAUUUCUCAACAAGUCAAUAUGCCAUUGUUAAGAUUGCUUCAUCAAAUAUCAAAUAUGUACACAAAUGUAAAAGAAGCACAAGAUGAGAUGAAAGAACAGCCAGAAACUAAAAGAAGUUUACCAUUAAAAGACGAAUCUAGUUUAGCUUCAGAAAUGAAUGAUGCAACAUUAAUUGGUAGUAUUCAUGAAGCUCCACUUGAUAAUUUAGAUUAUAGUGAUGAAAGAUAUGAUAAAUUCAAUGAAAUGUUAGCUUUUCCAAUCGGUCAUUCAAUAAGUCGAACUAAAAUGCCUCCUCUGGGACCAUUAAUUCCAUUACCAUCAACAUCAUCAAGUGGAAGACAGAGACCACCACAAAGUUUUGCCCAAAAAUUAAGAUCAACGGGAAAAACGGUAAAAGGGAAAUUAGGAUACACUAAUCUAAGUGAAGCUGUUUCGACUCCAAAUAAACCAAGCCCAACAACUCCAACAUUUGAACAUGCAGUUCAAAAAAUGAAUUUGGAACCCAAAAACUCGUUAACAGGAGCGAUAAUUAUUGCAGAAUCAUAUGGAGAAAGUUGUAUACCACAAAGUAAUCUUGAGAGCAAUAUAAUCGAAUCACCAAAAUGCUGGACAACAAUAUAUAAUCUGCUCGACAUUUAUGCUACAAUGCCCGAAAUGAAAACUUUAACACACAAGUUAUCUCUUUCGCCAGACACAAUUGCAAAUUUAAAGUCUAAGUUAAAGACUGGAAACUUAUCGGAGAAUCAACAAAACAAUAAUGAUAGUAAAAAUGAGUUUGAUGACAAAAAUAAAACAUCAGAUGCUCAACAGCUUUUACAACAAAGUUCUGAGAAAACUCGUAUUGUUGUGUUUGGGGUAGUGAAAAUUCACAAAACAAGGUUAUUAGCUACACUCAGCGGUUUAAAACUAGAAGCUGAAAUAACUUCAUUCCAUAGUAGCACAACAUGGCGAAAAAAAACGAAACCAGCUGCAUUAGAGUUUAGCUUAACAGGUCAAAUUGGACGAGCAAUGAUUGUACUUCUUGAAGGUGUUGCGCCAAAUCAACAAACUGUCGUAAAAGUCACUGUUGGAAAAAGUCAAACGCUUUAUUCAAGUGUAACUAAGCGAGGAAAAGAUAAAAAUAAUGGAUUGCUUACUGUUGGAGCCAUUUUUAUUGAUAUUCCAUUACAUCCAAUCCAAUUACAUGGAAUGGUUACUCGUUCUUCAAAACAACUAUCGAACACACUACAAGAAUUGCGUGUAACUAGGUCAUCAGCUCGAUCUUCAAAACCAAAUGAGGACUUGGAAUCUCCAUUGCAUGCAAAAGAUACAAAGGAAAAGAAAACAGUUCCACAACAACCUCAACAAAAUCUGAAGACCAAGAUAAGAUCAACUCAAUUGAACCAAAACGAACAGAAUCAAAGUGGAUUCUUACAACCUCUUGUUAUGCAAUUCAAUGUCUUCUUUCAAAGUUUAUCUAUCACUGCUUCAUUACUGCCAUCAUUACAAGCACAAUAUAAAAUGGAUAAUGUAACAGGAAAAGGAACUUCUGGAGAGAAAGCGAAUUUUACAAUCGAUUUACCUUCUCAAUCAUUGUCUUUUAUAACCAAGGCAACUCCUCAAGAUUCAAAUGUGAAUUUGCCUCCUCAAGCAUCAAUUCCAUUACCUAUAGUUCAUAUAAGAGCUGAAUUCAUCCCCGAAGAAGCAAUAGGAAAAACUAGGGAUACUCAAAUCGAUGGUGUUGUGCUUCGUCAAGGAGGCUAUUUAUCAGCAUCAGCAGAAAUUGGAGAAUUUGAAAAAUGUCUCACAACAGAUUUACUUAAUCAUUUAGUAUUUGUUCAAAAAGUUUUUAUGAAAGAAAUCAAUGAAGUGGUUCAGAAGAUAUAUGGUGGUGAAAAACCUGUUCCAUUAUGGCUUGAAGAUCACGAAGAACAGCAACAACAUUCAACAAAUUUAAAGAGGAUACUGUUUUCCUUAAAUAUUCAUGUUAAACGUAUUCAGCUGACUGCUACUACACCGUGCUCAAGUGCAGUUAGGUUUGAAACAAAUUCAAUAGAUUUCCAUCUUUCAAAUCGUGUUAAGAAUCUUGCAGAUAUAUCCCAUACUAAGUUAUUUGGAAAAGCGCAAAUUGAUUUGAACCUUUCAUUAGGACAGAUCAUUAAAAAUGUAAUUUUUGACGAAGCAGAGCCUGAAUUCAAACAAUAUGCUUUCUUUAAUACGACAAUUGGUUUUAGAAAUGCAUUUCAAAAUGAAAUGUUGGAUGACGACCGCGAAUUAGUAUUAAUAACUUUAAAACGUCCACUAGUUUACUUUCAACCAAUUGCAAUAGAUAAAGCAAUUCUUGUUUGGUUGAAUUAUAAAACGGCUUAUGAAUAUUGGGCAGAAAAAAGAGCAAAUCUGAAUAUGGAAAUUUUAACAGCUACACAGCAAGUGUUCGAGAAAGUUCCUUUUAGUCAUUUGAGCUCAUCAAAUCUUUCAACAUUAUUUUUACAAUUAACAGUUGAAGAUAUGGGUAUAUGCAUGCCGUUAAACACACCACCAUCAAAUCAUACUUGGGGUACACGAACAAUUGUGCAAGACAUUGAGCAAAAGAAAUUUGUUGUCAUAACGUUAGAAAACACAAUCAUAUCAGCUUGUAGUUCGGGGUCUUUAGUAUCGAAAGGAAAAUUUGUAGGACUUUGCUUCCGUUUUGCUGAUGAUUUUGAUUCUUGUUUAGAUGAUUGGAAACCAAAUCUAGUAGAUGAUCUUAUGAAUUUAUGUAUUGUAAGUGAAGGUACAUAUGAAGUAUGCUCAACAACAGUUGCAUCUAAAAAAUUGAACGAAAAUGCAAAAUGGUUCCUGAAUGUUAAAUGGCAAAUGGAAGGCGUCGACAUCAAUUUAGACGUAAACAUUGGAAAACAUUUAUCAUCAUUAGGUCAUACGCUUACAAUAAUGCAAGCUGGCACUGAAGAAGAGGAAGAGGAUCCAAUCACUCUCGAAAGUCCAGAUAGUGAUAGCUAUUCUGGAAAAAUUUAUCAUGAUGUUCAUCAGAAACCUAAAAAAGCACUAGAUUCUUUACCAUCAUUCUUAUUUGAUCCAACUCUGGAUACAAAGAAGAGAUCACUAUUAAUGGAAAAUGAGAUAAAUGAACAAACAAAAGUAAUAAGUGAUUUAAGAAGCUUAGGAGCAAGCAUAAAUACAAUUUUACACGAAGAAAGAAAAUUAGAAGAACUAUAUGCUCUUUGCUACAAAUAUUUCCGAAGAGAUAUGAUCCAGAAAUUAAAGCGACCAUCUACUCUGAAGCGCUCAAUUAUGAUGACAUCAAAUCGAUCAAAAUCAUUUGUUGCUCCAUCACCUACACAUGAUUCAGAAUAUUGCAGUGAGAUUAUAGGAACAAUCGAUGAAUGCUCAGAAAUGACCAAAUCUCCUUCUUCUGGUAGUUCAUCAACUUUUAAAAUAAAAAUACCACAACGUGUCCAAUUUUCAGAUACAUUAAGAAGACAAGCAUCUUUACCAAGUGCUGAUUCAGACAUUAGUUUUCCAGAGGGAGGUCCAGAAUGGCCAACCCUAUCAUCAUCAUUAAGCGAAGAAUCUCCAACCAUGAAUGUUGAUGGUGAAAAUGUUGAGUUGAGACGCAAAAGUACACAGUCUAACACACAAAAACCGCAUGAGCCAAACAUAGAUUUUGAGCUUGAUGUUAAAGUGGUAAUUAACUCUGGAAAAUGUGUGUUACAUACAAAAGAAAUGAGCGAUGAGAAACUUUCAAGCUAUGCAAGUGCUGUGAAGACACAUAAGCGUGAAAGAAGUUUAGGAAAUAACGAUUAUAAUAGUCCACUGCCAUCAAGAAGAAACAAAGACAAAACUAAAUUUAAAUACAAUCCUACAUCACUUAUUGAUUUAACAGCCUUUCACAUACCUGGUUUAGAUGUAAAAUUGCAUUAUCAAUCAAAAACGAUAUUAGAAGAAGCUUCAUCAAAGAAUCAAAGUCAUCUUUUAGAUCCCUUUGGAAUGCCAAUUCCAUCUACUAACACAUCACGUCGACUAAGUACCAAACGUGCAUCAUUAUUUGCUUGGAUAGUUUUGCAAAGUAUUCCUGAAGAAACGAUAAUUUCACCACAUAUAUUAGAAUUUUUAGAACAAACACUUGAACCUUUGCCUACAUCACAGUUUAUGGCACCGACUUCUAAUCCUGUAAAUUUGGAAAUGCUUGAGCAUAAUUAUGUAGUCUAUGCAUCAUUUCCGGUUGAUGUCAUAGUAUAUUUCCAUAUGAAGCCAUCAACAUUUAGAUUUUCUUGUUUACCAAUUUCACGCGUAGAAUGUAUGCUUCAACUACCAAGCUUAGAUAUAAUAUUCAGUUCUAAACGUCAGGAAGAAAACACUUCAAGUGAUCUAAAAGAAUCAAAGGUUAAAGCAAUUGGAGGAUUAAGUGUAACAGGGUGUCUAGCAGAUUUUAAUGUAUACAUAUUCCAUCCGUAUGGUGGAAGUAGCAAGAAAGCAACAGCAAAUAAGGAAUCUCAACCUUUUUCACCACUCACUGAUAGUGAACGGAAGGAUUCACUAAGCAUUUGUGUAGAAUUUGUUAAAUUUCAUAUUACAAGAUCAAGAAAGUUGAAUUUUGAGUCGAAUUUGCCUCGAAAGUCAAUAGAUCAAAGUUCAUCAAGAGCUAAGAUACGUUUCAACAGUAUCAUUGAUAUAGGAACGGCAUCUUUCAAAUAUGACAUGAGAAGAUUGACAGAAAUAUUAGCUUUCCCAAAAGCAUGGUAUCGAGGAAGUAUUAUUCGCCGUUUAUUUCUUGGAGAUCUUAGUGUUCAACAGACUAACAUGAAUGAUGAUGACUCAGAGACAAUGUCAGCUAAUUUAAAUUCAAAUAUAAAUCGUUCUCCGAACGAAAAAUCACCAUUGUUCCUUACAAAACAGAAAAUGAAACUUAAUUUGGAAAAUGAGCUAAAAGGUGCUGUAAACAAUGCAAAAACUAAAGGAAAAUAUUCAAACCCAGAAGCUGUGGGAACAUCGCCGACCGGUGAUCAUCAAUAUUCAUCAUGGGAGACAUUGGUUCUCUUUGCAAUAAAUUUUACAAAAUUAAAUGUCCAAAUGAAUAUGGGAAAUGUCAUGGGAAAUUGUCUUUGGUUAUCUAAAGCAUUUAGAAGUGAUGGAAGUUUAAGUAUUGGAAGUUCUGGAUAUAAAAACCUCUAUAUUGGAUUGGGACUAGGCAGUUCAUCACUUGAGUCGAAAGGUGGAAUUGUAGGAGGAAUAGUUGAAUUAAACAGUAUUCAUACUCAUUUACAAGUGUGUGAGGAACCAAAUUAUGAACCUGAUCACAAAAUUGGCAUGAAAUUUAAAGCGUUUGAAUGUAAAUUGGAUUAUAUGGGUACAAGCGUUUUGAUGAUGCGAGUAAGUGACUUUAGUGCUGGCCUUAAAGAUGAAUGGAAACGUUCGACAAAAUCAUAUUCCAUUCCAAAACGACCACUUAUCAUACUUAUUCAUGGUGAUUUGAAAUGGGACCAAAUACAAAUCAUGAUAUCACGAGCAACGACUGCUGAUAUACUUAAAAUGUUUUACAAACUAGAAGAUUUCUUUUCACAACAAUUUAAAUCAUCAAAACGUGUAUUCACAAGUUUAGAACCAAAAUUACAGCAAACUGAUAGUAUGAGACGAAAGCAACAGCAGCAGAAAAAGAAAUUAUCGUCUUCACAAACAGAUGAAAACAUUCAAAUGUCGAUAGAAGCACGUCAUCAUCGUCAUUGGCAAAAUCCUCUUAAGCGUGCAAUGGGAAUGUAUAUUUCAUCUCUAAAGAAUCCACUCCCUAAAAAUAUUAUGCUAGGUGGUACUAUGGAACUGCAUGGAAAAAAUAUUUCUUUAGCAUGCUUCCAUGGUAUUAACUUUAAAUCAAAGUCUUGGGCAUUAUUUAGUCUUCGCGAACCUUGCAUAAAUUUUGCCACGGAAGCUCAACAAGUGGAAAAAACUGGAGAAUUCCAUAUCAACCAGACAUUAACAUUUGGCUUAGGCCUCGAUAUUCAACAUUCCGUAGCUCAACAUCAUUCAAUGGCAACCGUUGUAAGAAUGACUCGCAAUGUCAUUUUUCCUCCUCAGUUUAAGACAUUACAAGAGUGGUUCCAUUAUGCAUUCACAAACAGUGAAAUUGAUGACGUUAAUAGAUUUCCAAUAUUUGAGAAGGAUUCGAGAGAACCAAAUACAAAUUCUAUAGAACGCGAACGAAUAAGAAGUUCAACAUCGCAGCCAUCAAAUGUUAAAUUACAGGACCACAAUCAUAAUCGUGAAGUAAUAUUUGCAUUGCCGAGCUUGCAGUUGCAUUUUAAAUCAGAGCAUUUACAACCAAUGGUUCCGGACUUAAAAACUGAUAAACCACUAGUGGAAUGUAGUUUUAUCACAAACUUUGAGGAUCACUUGUUUGUAACAGUCGAUGCGGAUGCAUUUUUCUUUUUGCAUGACCUUAUAACAUCAUAUUUGAAGGAAAAAGAAAAAGUUGUGAUUUCACAGGCUGCAAGAUCAGGUUCACCAAAUUUAUCAGGUGGUGUUGGAGUUCAAAAUCCAAAUAGUCUUGAAGUAUCAUCAACGAAUGUUGGUGCAUCAACUUUGUCGAUGGCAAGUGAUAAUAUAUCUGUGAUGUCACAUUUAGGUACAUCAGGAAGUCAAAAGAAUCUUUCAGCAGCAAAUCUCUCACAAGCGUCUUCAGUUUCUAAUAUUAAUAGUUCAGAAGAUCUACGGCAUGCUGUUAGCAGCAAAAAGAUUUCUGGUGUGACAAGACUAGAUAAAGUAGAAACUGAGAUAUCUCUUAGUAUGGACUGGAGAAGCUUCAAUUGUAAAACAUGGCAUUUGGAACCUACAAUCAGAUUAUUAUCCUGGGCAGGACAGCAAAUAGAACCUUACGGAAUAGAUUUUAUUUUGAACAAAUUGGGAUUUAGUCAUGCAAGAACAACCAUUCCCAAAUGGAUUCAACGAGGUUUUAUGGAUCCGUUAGAUAAAUUACAAUCAUUGCUGAUUUUGCAGCUUAUUUUAAUGGUUGAGGAGAAUAAAAACCAAGAAGAAGAUGCUUCAAAAAAAUUAAAGGAUGCAGCAAAAUAAAAAGCAUGCGCCAUUAAAACCAUACACAUAUAUGAUAAAGAUAAUGCAACCGUGGAUGAUAAAAUAUAAUCCAAUCAAGUAUUUAUAACAAAUAUGAAACGACUAUACUCAUUAGCUAAUUUUUUUAAACGUGGAAACUUCCUAAAAGGAUCAUAGAAACAAUUGCAUUUAAAAUUAUGUAUAAGGAACUCUUAGCGAUUCCUUUCUUUCUAUACGUCUUCUUCUAUCAACAUUUUAAAACCAAAGGAAAUAAAGUCUUACUUUUUAAUCAAUCUUUUUUGGACAUGAAGGCUCAGCAUAAACUAUAUAAUUGCUGUGCUAUUUAUUGGAACAUAUAAUAAUUCGAAAUAGGUGUCAAUAAAUAAAUAAAUUAUACAUAAAGGAA